GUGUUUUGCUCUGCGCUCUUGGCAUCACUGCGUAAAAGACUGAUCCUAUUGCCGAGGGGGGAAAAAAGGCGCUGGCGCUGAGCCACGAUCUGGCAAGUGCGCCUCCCUUCACCGCUGUUUGGCUUAUUCAUAGUUAGGGGUUUGGGUUUGGCUGUUUUUAAAAAGGCAAGCACUGCUGUGAAGUUGAUCAGUCUGCUCAGAAAACUUCCAGAGGGGAAAGUGUUUUGGAAUCGGAAAGUCCAGAAUUUCAGUGCGCAACCAAUUGCGCACAAACUGGACUAUUGGAGAAUACCCAAGUGAUUCAUUUAUUUUAUAUGUAUUUAUAUGAAAAUCCACCGGAUUCUUCUUUAUCAUCUUUUAGAGAAACUAUUUUUUUUAUCUUCUUAUUUUUAAAACACACCAACCAGUGCUUUCACUUUGCAUGCGGACUUUUUUUUCCCAUUGAGUCGAAUCUGAGCCAAACGUUCAUGCGCUCUCAUAUCUAGUUCUAGUUUUUUUUUUUUUUUUUUUUUUUUUUUUUUUUUUUUUUCCGCCAUCGGACCUCAUUCACUUUGAAACGAAGUAUGGCUCUUCUUGUGCUGGGUACAUUUCUGACGGCGUUGUCCAUCAGUGGAGGCUCUUAUGUUCCGUGCGAGCCGUGCGAUCAGAAGGCGCUCUCCAUGUGUCCUCAAGCCCCGGUGGGCUGUCAGCUGGUGAAGGAGCCCGGCUGUGGCUGCUGCUUGACUUGUGCUCUGGCGGAGGGGCAGGCGUGCGGAGUAUACACCGGUACAUGCACGCAUGGGCUGCGCUGCCUGCCGCGCAACGGAGAGGAGAAGCCGCUUCAUGCCCUGUUGCACGGCAGGGGAGUGUGUACGAACGAAAAGGGAUACAAACCAUCGCACCCACCAAUUGAUCAUGAGUCAAUAGAGCAUGAUGAUACAGUGAAGCCAGACACGACUGAAGACCAGAGUCCUAAAAUUCCCCUUAAAAUUCCAGAUGUAAUCAACAGCAAGAAGCAUGCUGCCGUGCGCAAGGACAAGAAGAAACAACAGGAGAAGCUUCGGUCACUGGGGCCGAUGGAUUACUCCCCCCUUCCCAUCGACAAGCAUGAGCCUGAAUUUGGUCCCUGCAGAAGGAAGCUGGAUGGAAUCAUUCAAAGUAUGAAAGACACUUCACGCGUCAUGGCUCUUUCCCUCUACCUGCCUAACUGUGACAGGAAGGGCUUCUUCAAGCGCAAGCAGUGCAAGCCCUCCCGUGGCCGAAAACGAGGCAUCUGCUGGUGCGUGGACAAAUAUGGCGUGCAGCUGCCCGGCACUGACUACAGCGGCGGUAACAUCCAGUGCAAGGAUUUGGAGAACAGCAACAACAACGAGUGAGAAUCAACCCACCCUGAUCACCAGACCUAGGGCCCACCCUCCUUGUCCUGUCCCACCAGUCUACCCGCCAGUCACUUUGAGAUUUUGAUGCAAAACGACAAAGAAACACAACAGCUAUUACAAAUCAGACUAAAAAGAAAAUGUUAAAGUGAGAUAAUCCACAGGAAUCGUUUUGACUGAGCGCUCAUCUCUAUCUCACUGGACUCAGCCAAUCAGAGGAGCCCCCUGCUAGAGCUGAGUCCCGGCAACAACAACAACAAAAAAUUGUUAAAAAUAUAUACAUACAAUUAUAUAUUUUUAUAGAAGCUGGGGUUUGAGCACCAUACUGUUUUGUUUAAAGUUAACAUAAAACAAAAAACUACAAAAAAAAGUAAAAAAAAAAGUAAAAAAAAAAAAAGAAAGAAUAUAUGGCAUGUUGAAUAUUAACAGGGCUAUCUUGGUCUUUUACAUCUUUUGCUGUCAAGGUAUCAAAUGAGAUAGCAGGAACUCUCACUAUUUGAAAAAUACAAACAUUUGUUUUCCAAAAAAAAAAAAAAAAAGGAAAACACAUGGUAGAGAUCUGCUUAUAGAGUCAUCUCUAUCUGGCUUUUUUUGGUCAUGUCAGAGCACUUAUUCAUUGGGGAACCUGCUUGGAAAUGUGUAACUUCACCAAGUUCAGUGUAUGUGUGUACGAGCGUGCGUUUGCACGCGUGCGAGCAACGAAAUAGGGCGAUAGCUUUCAAAAAAAGGAAUGUUUUCUUGUCUUUGUGGCAUAUCCCUCCCAGAACGUAGUUAAAACCAGGACCCUAUUAGACAAAUCUGUUUCAGUGGCUCCAGAUUUUGUAGCUUACCUAACAUGCCAACCGUGCCUAUGUAAACAGACGCUGCCAUGCAGAGUUACACGGGUGAGCAGAGCGGUCCCGAGCGAGAAAAAAAGUCCACACAGAGAAUCAAUCGGUGUCCACGCCUAGAAAAGAAAAGGCCAUUUCUGGAAUCGUUUCGUAUCAGAUAUUGUGGCAUCUGGGCCGAGUUAAAAUCGAGACAGAUGCUGUAACCCUUAAACGCUCCCAGCAUUCGCGUUUGAACUUUGACGGACGUUCGCCGUGCAGAGCGGUAGUUUCUUUCUGUCUGUAAUGUUUGAUUUUUAUUUUUAUUUUGAAUAACUUUUGUUAUGUGCUGUUUCCUUUGACUUCAUGGAGGUAAUGAAAGUCCACUUAUGAGCCAUGUUCCUCGACCAUGUGGUUUCACUGAAAAUGGGUGUAACCUUGGUAUAUUACCUUUAACUCUAGAUUAUUGAAUGUUUUACUUUUCUUUUGUUAUCCUUAACAAACAACCACAACGAUCAGGUGCUCAGCAAAGGAGUGUUAGCAUUAUCAAUUUGCAUAUUUCCAUCUGACCCGUCACAGUGACAACUUGCUCAUUUGAAUGCAGGUCAGACCACUUUUUAAGAUCCGCCCACUUUGACUGUUCACAAAUCGGUAAUAGCUCUUUUGGUUAGCAUGAUGACACAUUUCAUUUGUGUUUCUGUAUUUCAUCGAACCACGAGGCACGGUGGAAACAGAAGGUGUGUUUCACUACAGCGUCGUUCAGUGUGAGUUUCUGUGUGCGAGUCUCAGUGCCUUCCUACAUGCAAAUACAUUUGAAUGGUGACGUGAACGUUACACAAUAGCCAAGGGGAACGAAACAACCUUUUUAUAUUGACGAAGGACCUCAAUUGCGUUCAAAUAUAGCAUCAGAUCUGAUAAUCCGUUACACUACAUUGUAUGUCAAGCAGCUAUCAGAAAUCGCUCCCUGCACCGAGGCUAAGAUAGGGAGACCGUAGUCCAGCUAGCGCUAGCUCAUUUACUGUUAUUUCUCUUACGAAUAAGCUGACGAUUGAUUUGACAGAGACUGCAAAUGUGUGUAAUUGCUGACGAGAGUAUUUUCAAUCAAGCUAUACAUCACACAGGGAUACUCACCGGUUGGCUCUUGAAGAGUGAGUGAAGCCAUUCCCUGCCACAAUGGGUCCGUCAGGAUCUUAUUUCAGGGCCCGAAUGAUCAUAGUUUCACUGCUGGGAGGGGGCUGUAAAAAUAGUCACUAAUCUCUUCAGAUCUCAAUCAUAUAAACACCCAUCAUAACCAGGUCCAGACGGAAUUUGCACAUCUGCAUUUUCCAUAUUUCAGAACUGAGAGAACUACGUUCUUAUUGGUAGCUGAAAGCACAAUCAAAUUAACCAGCGAACGAUGCGUAGAAUUCCGCGUACACAAAGAUUCCGUGUGGGCCUGGCUGUGAUUCUAAAUAACCACGGGUCUGCAGAAUGUAACCGUUGCAUGUCAAAAAAGAAUUGCGAAUGACAAUUGGCUCUCAAAUAGGAGGUGGUGAGCGAGAGAACGAGUGGGUUAACCAGACUUUCGCAGGUGUCUUGAGUAUGUCGUGGAGGCGUAGUCGCCUCUGUUAUUGCACAAUUAGCCUCGUAGGUGUCUUCACCGCAGGGCGAAAUCAGUAAUCAGAGUUAUCCAGGUCCUGAUCCAUGCCGAAAGCCCCCUCCCCCAUUUAAAGAAAGCAGCUUGCACUUAAUUCCUUACCUUGCCACACGUUUAGUGCCGUCUCAAAGUGAAUCUCAGUUCAGGUAUAGGAGCAGGAGCAGGCCUCGGACAGAUACCCUGCCUGAGUACCUUUGACAGGGGCUUCGCAAAGCCCAAGCCUGAGACCCGCGUCAUCAUUCUGUGGGUUUACCAGUAAUACAACUCUACCAAUCACAGUCUCUUCUCCAUCUACUCUUAAUAGACUUUGCGUCUCAGUGAUAUCCGGGGAGAAGGAGAGCGGGUGAGAGCCUUAAGCGGUGAUCUUGUGCUGGGCCUCCCUUCACAACACACAACACAUGCUGCAAAAAUCAUUUUCUUAAUCAGUAUUUGUGUCUUGUUUUCCGGUAAAAUCAUCUGAACGACUUUGAAAGUAGUUGAAUUUAACUGAAAAGCAAAAUCAUAUUGCGAAUUGCGCAAACUAGUAUGGCCAAAAACUAAAAUUCAUGUACUCUUAUGUUUCAAACCAGUUUGACUUACUUUGUUCUGUGGAACACUCAAAGGAGAAGUUUAGCAUAAUGUCCGAGAUGCUCACUUCUAGAGUUUGUCAAGCUUGAAAAUUGGCGAAAGAAGCACCAUAAAAGUCACGCAACACAUUCAAAGCUGUACGAGAGCUUUGUGCAAGACACAUAAUUCAAUUUAAGUUAGGGUUAGUUAGGUGUUAAUUUAAAAUCUUGCCUUGAAAAUCUUGCUUGAAAUCCAUGGUCACCAUUCACUCGUUCAAAGUGCAGCUUGGACAUUCUGCUCAAAAUAUCUCCUUUUGUGUUCCAUGGAAGAAAGAACGUCAUGAGGGUGAUAAUUCAAGACAUAUUCAAUGAAAAUAAGUAUUAUUAUCUUACAAAGUUUUGCUUCUCAAGUCAAUUAGAUAUUUUUACUGAAAAAACAGACAAAAAUACCAAUUUUUGCAGUGCUUCACACUUCACAGUAGAAUUUUUAGAUGGACAGUCUCGGAAUCUGAUAAGCAGGCACGCAACGGCUUCGGUCAUGAGUCAAAAAAAAGUGUUUAUCUGAAAACCCUGAAUGUUAUAAGACGAUGCACUAUGGCUGAAAACUGUUUUACCUUGUUUCCCCAGGUUGUAGAAUCCAUCUGGGUGUCUUUGUGAGAAUGGGAAAGAAAUGUCAUUAAUGUGAUUUUGAUCCGUUCUGAUUUGUAAUUAGAGGUAAAAGACUAUCGAUUGCCAGGACGCAGCAUGUUGCUUUUGUGCUUAUCUGCUUUCAUCAGAUUCCGAAUCUCCUACUUGGGUAGACAGCAGUGUUCAUAACUCACACUACAGUAGAAACGACAGGUUUUCUUUCUUUCUCUGAAUGCAUAACAGUUUUUUUUUUUACUUUAUUGAUUUUUUUCUCUUUUUUUUUUGUGGAUGAGAAAAGACUUGAUGAUUGACCACCUAAAUGUGGCUUAAACUGGCAUGUGAAAAAGACCCAUUAGUGGCUGGAGGACUCUAAAAAUGUUCAGCAUUUGGAACUCUUAUUAAAAACCAAUAAAAUGGAAAAAAAAAAUCUCAAAUUAUUAAGAAAGUGAAUAUCACUGUGUAAUAUUUAUUCAACUUGUAAUUUAUGUACUCUUUUAACCUUUGUCUUUUUUUGUUAUGACAAAGCAUUUAUUUAAAUAAAGUUAUGUAUUCAUUUAA